GAGUUGCUGCCGCCACACACUCUAUUUCCCGAGAGUAGUGACACCGGCGUGUGCAGCACAGCGAGCGGUGCAUCACUCAAGUAGCGGGAGGUGACCUGGUUUGCCCCCUUCGCACAGUGACUGGGUAUAUUUUGGAUUGAAUUGCAGAUUUUGUCAUGUCGUCAUUCGCCGGUGUAUCAGUCAUCACCAACGGAGAGCACUGCACCACAUCGGCUAUCGACGUCGACACGGACAGCGGGUACCACCUGCUUGUGGUGAAAAACUACUCUUGUAUCAUACAAGAGGUGCCCAACGAAGAGGUAAUCAGAUCUGGGUCUUUCAUGGUAGGAGGCCAUAACUGGGAGAUCUGGUUUUAUCCUAACGGCGACGACCCAACUUGUGCUGACUUCAUCUCUCUCUACCUGUGCCGUGAUGACGACGAUGACGAUAUGGAAGAGGUUGUGAAGGUGAUGUUCCAGUUUAGUUUCAUCGACCAGGUCGAGUAUCGAAAGUCGAUGCACAUUCGUCUAACUGAAACAUCCAACUUUCCCAACAAAGAUCCUUUUGGGGGAAGCAGCAAGUUUGUGAGAAGGGAUGCCCUUGAGCGAUCAGCUAAUCUCAAGGGUGAUUGUUUCACCAUCCGGUGUGACAUUAUGGUUUGCAACACCCACGAUGCCGAUGGCACCCUGUCUAAGAUAAACGAGCAUUUCGACUAUCUCCUUCAGAAUAAGGUGGGUGCUGAUGUGACAUUUGAAGUCUGCGGCGAGACGUUUGCUGCACACCGGUGUGUGCUUGCUGCCCGAUCAAAAGUCUUCAUGGCGCAGCUCUUUGGCCCCAUGACGGAGGGCACUACAUCCAGUGUCAUACAGAUCAAAGACAUGGAAGCAAAAGUGUUUGCGGCUUUGCUUAGGUUCAUCUACACAGAUUCAUUCCCUGAGAUGGAAAAGGACAACAACAUGGAGGAGGAUGGAGAAGAUGAGGAAGAAGGACAAGAUGAGGAUGUAAUGUGGCUGCAAGACUUGCUUGUGGCAGCAGACAAAUACGACAUCCGGCGACUCAAGUUCUUAUGUGAAAAGCAGUUGUCUGAGCACAUAAAUGUGAGCUUGGUGGCGCCGACUCUUGCUCUAGCUGAGAAGCACCACUGCCACAGACUGAAGGAGGCGUGCUUCAAGUUUAUCCAAGUCCAAUCUCCCAAGUGUUUGGAUGAAGUAAUGGCGACUGAUGGCUGGGAGCAUAUAAUUUCGACACAUCCCUCUGUUUUGAACGAGCUCCUUGCCAAGCUUGUGUCGUCCAAUCAGAAGAUGGACGAGAAGAGGAAGCGGACUCCCAAGCACACAUAUUAACUAUAAAUAAUAUAGAUAAUAGAAGGCUUGUUAUUUAACAGUAUAACAUAGACUAUAUACCAAUGUCAACCAAAUCAGCUCAAAGGAUGUAAUGCGGCUGCAAUGGUUCCCAAGCCUUUAAGUAACAGUAUUAUACAUA